GCCGCCGUUCAGACGGGUCUCAUUUAUCCCAACCUCAGGGUACUUCCGCCGCGUCGAAUCGCACUCACCUCGGCAAAUCGGAUACGCGUCUCAUUCAACGCGCCUAGACAACCAAACUCCCUGUUGAACAAGUUUCGCGCCGUUUUUGGCAAUCGGUUAGCGUUAAUUAUCGACCUUUCGCCAAGCCUUCCCGCCCAGAAUGAAACCGUGCGACUCGUGCAAUCCCCCUCGAAGCUCACUGGCUCACGGCGGCGAAGGUCCACCGUCAGUGAUACCUCGGGAAAGGAUGGUCGGUUUCCCCUUUCGAGUCACGCUCCCUGCCUCGCACCAUGGUGACCUCGCUUUCACCCAGCCUCACUCGCCUCACCCACCGCGUCCUCUCUCCAACUCCGGUCCGGUCCUAUCAUUUUCAGUUUCCUCUCUCCGCUCCUCGUCCCCGGAUACUCUCACUCACCGCUUUCUCAGAGCGUCGUAGCCGCUAGCAACUAGGCCGGUUGAGCUCUAUAUCCUAGAACACAGCUAGACGAACAAGCUUAGACCGCUUUGACGCUUCAAAUCGCGACGUCCGUCGCAGCCUUCAUGUCGUCCACAUGCCGGGCGUCCGCCACACAAUCGGUCGUCGCUGUUGCAACAAACGCACCGGUCGCCCAUCGCAAUCGUUGACAUGCCUGUUCGCCGAGUUGGUGGUCGCAAGGCGCGCCGUUCGUUGGCGUUUCGUCGCAUUGCUUCCAAUCGGCACGAUUUUUGCGAGCGGGUGACUCCCUCGACAGAUUCUAUCGAGGACACAACGGCGAUAAUGCCGUGCGAGCCUUUGUUGCAGCGAUGUGACGAUAGGUUGAGGUUUCCGUCAACCUAAUGGUUGCCGUCAAGCUACAGUUACCAUCAAGCUACAGUUACCAUCAGGGCCUUUCAGUGGGCCUGCUUGCACCUCCUUGCCAUGGCAGGUGGAGGGGAGGGGGAGGGGAUAGCAGACAGCCACUCUCAGCGGUGCUUCUACUUCCAGCUAAGUAACCUUUCCUCCUAAACUGAGCCUUGCAUGUUGCUCAGUGCUCUUAUUAUUAUUAGUGCUCCUAUUGUGCUUUGAUGUCCUUCUAUGCCCUUUCCCUGUAAAACGUUGCCACUGGUUGAAGUCCCGCUCACAAGCCGCAGAUCCCCCUACUGCAGGUAAACCGCCCAGGCCAAGCCCCGCUUUACAGCCUUACAGCGGUUCGCCCCCGCAGAUUCCCUCGGGGGUUUGUUGCUUGUGGUUGUGCCUCCAACGGUGCCCCUUUCCCUUGGUGCCGCAUUCCAGUUUGUGCAUUUCACUAGUCUCGCUUUCGCCUUCCCUCACCGCACACAGACCUUCUCUGCUUGUGUGCAAUGCACAUGGGGCACCAACCACCUAGCUAGAGGGCAGGAUAGUUUGGGGGCUAGGCGUAAGCGAGGUAAGGUAUCAGGUGUGGUGUGGUGUGGUAUAGGCCUUGCAUUGUAUCGUAUCAGGUGUGGUGUGGUCUGCUGCCAGCAGAUUGGAGUCCCCCCACUCCCCCCACCCCCCCUCCCUUCCCCAGCAGCUUCAACCAUCAUGCUUCUCUGCAAGUCAGUGGUAAGCGGAUGUAAGGAGGUAAAGGGGGGGGGGGUUGGGGGGGGGGAGGGGGAGGUGGGAAGCUCCGGAGCAGCAUGCAGCCCGCUUCCUGAGGGGCAGCAGCCAAGCUGGUCUGUCUGUGCCUUGUUGGUGGGGGUAUGGUGGGUGGAACUAGCGUAGUGUAGCGAGGCACUCGGUGCUCAAGUAACGAACAUGCGUUGCAAUAGGCGCUGCCAGAGCUGGACAGCUCUGGUUGGGGCAAGCUCGUGGCGAAAUCUGACUGCAGCCCUACUGAAGUUGGUUGGCACAUAACAUUUAGUACAUGUUUUGUUGUGACCCACCAGAACACUGCACCCUGGGUGACAGUCUUUUGUCGUGCAUGACAGCCAUAGACAAUGGAGAAUGCUGCUUUAUAUUAUCGUCCAACGAUAUGGGUCAUAGUCAUUGUACCCUAAUUGGCAUGGAAGAUAGUGCCUAGGAACUGGGCUCCAACCAUUAUUUCCACUGCAGGACGAUCGUGGUUCCUUUGAAUCCGGCGUCCUCUACCCCCCAAGGCCAUGGAUCCAGCUGUGGCGAUCGUGUUGGGCCAAGACCCCGCGCCGUUCGAGCAGCUCCUGCAGCGACUGCUGUCCCCGUCGAACGACGACAGAGGCGAGGCGGAGCGCAUAUUUAACCUCUGCAAACAGCAGCCGGACGCCCUCAUUCUCCGCCUCGUCGGCGCGCUGCAAUCCUCCGCAGCCGGCACGGACGUGCGAACCAUCGGCGCGGUGCUCCUUAGACGAGUGAUCACCAAAGACAGCGUGUCGCUAUGGCCUCAGCUGAAUCCCGCGACUCAGGCGACGGUCAAGUCCGAGUUGCUCGCUAGCGUGCAGCGCGAGCCGACGAAGGCGAUCUGGAAGAAGCAGUGCGACACGAUCGCCGAGCUCGCCGCGGGGAUCGUGGAGACAGGCACAUGGCCGGAGCUGCUUCCUUUUAUGUUCCAAUGCGUGUCGUCGCCAGACGACCGCCUGAAAGAAGCGUCGCUGUUGAUCUUCGCGCAGCUGGUGCAUUUCUUUCAGGCGCAGCUCAAGCCCCACCUGCCCACCCUGCACAACGUUCUCCUGCAGUGCCUCUCCCAGUCAGCCAAUCCCGACGUGCGCAUCGCCGCUCUCCGGGCAGCUGCAAAUUUCGUCGAGGCUCUCGAAACUCCCGAGGAGCUGACGCAAUUCCAGGAUCUGCUGCCCGGGAUGAUGCAGACGCUGAACCUGGCGCUCCAGAGUAAAGACGAGGCCAGCGCGCAGGAGGCGCUCGAGAUGCUCAUCGAGGUUGCCGGCAUCGAGCCGCGCUACAUGCGCAAGCAGCUGACUGACGUCAUCGCCGCCAUGCUGCAAAUCGCGGAAUCCACGCAGCUGGAGGACGCCACGCGUCACCUCGCGAUUGAGUUCCUGAUCACGCUGGCGGAGGCGCGCGAGCGCGCCCCGGGGAUGAUGCGCAAGGUGCCGCACUUGGUGGGGCGGCUGUUCGCAGUGCUGAUGGCGAUGCUGCUGGACAUCGAGGACACGCCCGAGUGGCACGCCGCGAACGACGAAGAGGAGGAUUCGGGCGAGUCGGCCAACUACGAGGUGGCGCAGGAGUGCCUCGAUAGGCUCGCGAUCUCGGUGGGCGGGAACACCGUUCUCCCCGUUGCGUCGCAGGCGCUCCCCGCGUACGCCACUGACGCCGAUUGGAAGAAGCGGCACGCCGCGCUCGUGUGUCUAGCGCAGAUCGCGGAAGGGUGCACCAAGGUGAUGUCGAAGAGCCUGGAGUCGGUGGUGGCCAUGGUGCUCGCCGCCUUCAACGACCCCAACCCGCGGGUCAGGUGGGCGGCGAUCAACGCGGUGGGGCAGCUGUCGACGGACCUGGGGCCGGACCUGCAGCAGCAGUACCACGCGCGCGUGCUGCCCGCGCUCAUCGGCGCCAUGGACGACGGCGCCAACCCGCGCGUGCAGGCGCACGCCACCGCUGCCAUCCUCAACUUCAGCGAGGCGGCGACCCCCGAGAUCAUGGCGCCGUACCUGGACCAGCUGCUCAACAAGCUGCUGCACCUGCUGCAGUUUGGCAAGCGCAUGGUGCAGGAGGGGUCGCUCACUGCCAUUGCCGCCAUCGCUGACUGCUCGCAGGAGCACUUCCAGAAGUACUACGACGGCGUGAUGCCGUACCUCAAGACGGUGCUCACGCAGGCGGGCGACAAGGAGCAGCGCAUGCUGCGCGCCAAGGCGGUGGAGGCCAUCAGCCUGGUGGGCAUGGCGGUGGGCAAGGACAAGUUCCGGGCGGACGCCAAGGAGGUGAUGGAGGUGCUCGUCUCGCUGCAGGCCGCGCCCAUGGACGACGACGACCUCACCAUGAGCUACAUGCUGCAGGCGUGGGCGCGGCUGUGCAAGUGUCUGGGCGCGGAGUUCCUGCCCUUCAUGCACGUGGUGAUGCCGCCGCUGCUGCACUCCGCGUCGCUCAAGCCCGACGUCACCAUCUCCGACAUCGACGACGACACUGCCAACGAUGAUGACGACGACGACAGCGUGGAGACGAUAACGAUCGGCGACAAGAAGAUAGGGAUCCGCACGAGCAUGCUGGAGGAGAAGGCGACGGCGUGCAACAUGCUGUGCUGCUACGCGGACGAGCUGAAGGAGGGCUUCUUCCCCUGGAUCGACCAGGUUGCGCAGCUCAUGGUGCCGCUGCUCAAGUUCUACUUCCACGAGGAGGUCCGCAAGGCCGCCGCUCAAUCCAUCCCCGAGCUGCUGCUGGACGGCAAGCUGGCGGUGGAGAAGGGCGUGGCGCCGGCCGUGACGGUGACGGCGGAGGGCGAGAAGCGCUACCUCAAGCAGAUGGUCGACUUCCUCGUGCCGCCACUCGUCGAGGUCUUGACUAAGGAGCCAGAAGUGGAGAUGAUUGUGGUCAUGCUCGAGUCUCUGCAAGAAUGCAUUCAGCUGGGGGGAGCGGAGCUGAGCGCAGAGCAGGUGGGGCAGGUGGUGGCGCAGCUGAAGGCGGUGGUGGAGGGCAGCCGCGGGCGGCGCAAGGAGCGGCUGGAGCGCACUCAGACAGAGGACUUCGACGAGGAGGAGAGCGAGCUGCUGGACGAGGAGAACGAGCAGGAGGACGAGGUGCUCGACCAGGUGGGCGACUGCAUAGGCGAGCUCAUGCGCGUGUUCAAGGCCAGCUUCAAGCCCUUCGCCGACGACCUCGCUCCCUUCGUGCUGCACAUGAUGGACAAGAGCCGGCCAUCCACGGAGCGGCGUGUGGGCAUCUGCAUCUUCGAUGACCUGGCGGAGAACAUGGGCGAUGCCGCUGCCAGUUACUUCCCCGCCUUCCUGCCUCACAUCCUUGAAGCCGUCCUCGACCCCCUGCCCGAGAUUCGACAGUCAGCAGCGUAUGGCAUCGGCAUCUGUGCACAGCAUGGAGGGGCUGCCUUCACACCAUAUGUACCAGACACGGUGGCGCGGCUGGGGCAGGUGGUGAGCAGUGCGGACAGCAAGGGCGAGCUGAGUGUCUCAGCCACGGACAACGCCAUCUCCGCGCUGGGCCGCCUGUGCGAGCACCAGGCGCAGGCGCCCUUUGACUCGGCGCACGUGCUCUCCGUGUGGCUCGCUUACCUGCCCAUCCGCGAGGACCGCGCCGAGGCCAAGGUGGCGCACGCGCAGCUCUGUGGCCUGCUGGAAAGGUCGGACCCUCGCAUUCUCGGCCCCAACAACCAGAACCUGCCCCACAUUGUGGGCGUGCUGCUUGAGGUGCUCAAGGCCGGCACGGACCUGGCAACGGAGGAGACAGCCAAGCGAGCAGUGACGUUGCUGCGGAGCCUACCAGCGGAGAUAGUGGGGGCACUACCACCCGAGCAGCAAGCUCUCUUGCAGCAGGCCGUUCAGUGCGCUUAGAAGCCCCAAGUGCAAUGUAUUCUGUGUGAUUCAUAAAAGCAGGUUGUCACGUUUCUAGCUUACUGUAGUCCAAGUAGUUUUAUAUUUUCCUGGCCCAAAUUAGGGCUCAAGGAUUAUUGGAGAGGUGUGCUGUAGCCUACUAGCUGUAGGUAGAUCUAGUUGUGGUUUGAGUAUUUUGUAUGCCAUUGGUUUCUAGUGUUCCUGGCGAGUGUUUUGGAUACCU